AUGAACUCAGAAAGCUGUUUGUGUGAUGACUCCAAGACCGGCAGCAAUGGACAAAGGAUUUUUGUCAACAGAAGCUUGACGCUGGAAAACAUCAAAUGUUACGGCUUUGAUAUGGACUACACGCUGGCAAUGUACAAGUCUCCCGACUAUGAGAGCCUGGGCUUUGAACUCAUAAGAGACAGAAUGGUAUCUGUGGGCUACCCUCAUGAGAUUCUGCGGUACACAUAUGAUCCCAGCUUUCCCACCAGGGGCUUAGUGAUUGACACAACAUACGGCAACCUCCUGAAGGUGGACUCCAACGGGAACAUACUAGUGUGCAGUCAUGGCUUUUGGUUCCUCAAAGGCGAGGAGAUUCAUCGAUAUUACCCCAAUAAGUUCAUCCAGAGAGACGACACGGACCGUUUCUACAUUCUAAACACGCUCUUCAACUUGUCAGAAACAUAUCUUUACUCCUGCCUUGUGGAUUUCUUCACUAAAUGUAGCAGAUACAAACCUGUGCUAAAAGGUUACCACCAUGGCGAUCUGUUCAUGUCGUAUAGAAGCAUGUUUCAGGAUGUUCGAGACGCUAUGGACUUCAUUCAUGACACGGGAAUCCUCAAAGACAAAACAAUCAGGAAUAUUGAUAAAUAUAUCAUCCAAGACCCCAACAUUAUCACCCUCUUAAUUCGGAUUAAAAAGGUGGCCAAGAUUUUUCUUGCCACCAACAGCGACUACAAGUACACUGAGGCCGUAAUGACAUACCUUCUUGAACAUGGUGUCAAGGCUUCAACUAGGUCCUGGCGCUCCUUCUUUGACCUGAUUGUUGUGGACACGAAGAAACCGCUGUUCUUCGCUGGGGGAACGGUGCUCCGACAAGUUGACACGAACACAGGGAAACUUCGGAUUGGGACGUACACCGGUGCUCUCCAGCAUGGAACCGUGUACUCGGGAGGCUCGUCAGAUAUAGUGUCCGAUCUGCUGGACGUCAAAGGUAAGGACAUCCUCUAUGUGGGAGAUCAUAUCUUUGGAGACAUUCUCAAGUCCAAGAAGCGCCAAGGCUGGAAAACCUUCCUGGUGGUUCCGGAGCUCACCAAGGAGCUUCAAGUUUGGGAGAAGAAGAAAAAUUGGUUUGAAGAGCUGAAAAGUCUCGACCUUUCCCUUGCUGAGAUUUACAAGCACCUGGACACCAGCAGUCAGGACAUUGCUGAUAUCGGCAACAUUGAGACCAGAAUGAAGAUUCUCACCACCUGGAUGGACACGUCUUACGGUCAGAUGGGUAGCUUGCUGCGGAGCGGCUCCAGGCAGACGUUGUUUGCUAGCCAGCUAAUGCGCUACGCCGACCUCUACUCGGCCAGCUGUGUAAGCCUGCUGCGCUACCCCCUCAAUUACCUCUUCAUGGCUCCUCCUGUACUGAUGCCCCAUGAGGCCCCGACGCUCAACACUGCAGACUUUCCUUCCAGCCCGCUCAACAACUGUCAGUGUGAAAAAGCGAUAAGGUUGCCCUCAGGGUUCAAACAUGAGGCACACACGGGAGCACUGACACCUAAUCUCAACAACCUGAGAGAGGACGACGAGAGGGACGGCUUGGGGGGAGGGCGAGGGGCCUGCAUUCCUCCCCAAACGCUCCCCUCACGCCCCCAGACCUGCUAUACACUAUAA